CUAUAAAAGGCGAGGAGCAGGUAACACCGCAGCCAGUCGACCAUUGUCUACAGAGCUGACAACACCUUCAUUAUGGCCUGUGUAUUCUUCCUGCUCCUCGUGUUUUGCGUCCAGCGCCACGGCUCCGCGUUCGUGUUCAAGAAUUUGCCAAAGUGUAAUGUCUCUUAUACGAUAGACUUCGUCACCACAACUGUGCAAGUGACGAGAGUUAGUUUCGUAAAAUCAACAAUAACUGAAACGGAAACCACACUGGUUCCCAAAUAUGAAACUACUGUCAUUCCAAGCUUCGUCCGCAUUACCCAUACCGUAACGAUAACCCCUAGCCCAAUUAAGGUGAGGAAGACUCACGUGGUGUCAGUCGUCACAAAGGUACCCGUCCGAAGAAUCCUGACCACUACAGUCACUGCCUACAAGACCAACUUAAAUAUGGAAACUCUUGUCGUCACCAACUACCACAGCGUCUUCGAAACGAUAGGGUUGCCUGACGACUAUAUGAAUAAUACCGCUUAUGACCCACUAGCUACUGACUUCACCCGUACUAUUUAUAGUACAAAAACCUCUACCAUACAGCUGACGGUCACAAAGGAAGAAGUUGAGACGAUCCACGACCUCACCACCACCACCGUUGCCAGCACGCGCAAAAAGAUGGUCACAAUCACUGUCUGUCCAGAACCUGAAUUUUAAUAUUUUUUGUGAGAAACGUAAAUUUUAUAUUUUGGUUUAGAUUUUUUUUAAAGGUUGGAUGCCUAACUUAUUGAGGUAUCUUGUACAUUGUGCAUAUUACACCCGAAUUAAAAUGU